AGGAGGAGGAGGAAGAAGGAGGAGGAGCAGGGGGAGGCCGGGCCGGCGGCCCGGGCGCAGCGGCGGCGCCAUGGAGCUCGGGGGGGCCCUGCCGGUGGCCGAACUGGCGGCCGCCUUCGCCGCGCUGCCCGUGUUCCCGCUGUUCGACACCGCCUACUUCAUCGUCUCCGUCCUCUACCUCAAGUACGAGCCAGGAGCUGUGGAGAUGUCUCGCAAGAGCCCCUUUGCCUCCUGGCUUUGUGCCAUGCUCCACUGUUUCGGCAGUUACAUCCUCGCUGACCUGUUACUCGGAGAGUCACCUAUCCACUACUUCAGCAACAACUCCAGUGUCAUCCUGGCCACGGCAGUCUGGUAUUUGAUAUUCUUCUGUCCCAUGAACCUCUUCUACAAAUGUGUCAGCUUUCUGCCCCUGAAGCUCAUCUUCGUGGCAAUGAAGGAGGUGGUCAGAGUUCGCAAGAUCGCAGCCGGGGUCCACCAUGCUCAUCACCAUUACCACCACGGGUGGUUCAUUAUGGUGGCUACGGGAUGGGUCAAAGGUUCCGGGGUUGCCCUGCUGUCCAACUUUGAGCAACUGCUGCGUGGGGUCUGGAAACCAGAAACAAACGAAAUUCUUCAUAUGUCCUUCCCUACCAAGGCCAGUCUGUAUGGCACAGUCCUCUUCACCCUGCAGCAGACCCAUUGGCUCCCUGUCUCUGAAGCCAACCUCAUCUUCUUUUUCACCAUGUUCAUGAUCAUUUGCAAGGUUUUCAUGACGGCAACUCACUCCCACGCCUCACCUUUUGCGCCACUGGAAAGCUGCCUCUGCCCGGUGUUCUUUGGCUCCGUCUCUAGCGGACACGCGAGUCACCACCAUGAUCAGCACGGGGCCUCCCAGGAGGCUUCCCAUCUGCCACCACCUCCUGCGAAGUCAAAAGAGGAGCUAAAUGAAGGCACAAGGAAACGGAAAGCCAAAAAAGCUGAAUAAAAAAGCAAGCACACAGUAAACAGGCCAAGGAAGUUCUUCCAGAACGGAGUCUCAAAGCCACCUGUGAUUUGUUACCCUCCAGUCCUUCUCUGACCCCAGAGGAGGUGAAGUCAGGACAGUGCCAGGCGGGUCCCUCAAUUUCAUUUGUGCUCUGUGCUGCUGCUUGGUCUCAAUCUCUGUUCUGAUUGUGUUUUCAGGGAGUCGUAGAUCCAUGCUAGGAUAAGUGGGUGCCAUUCCCAAGGUGUCAGCAGUGACGAUACAGCAUUUUCAAGGGGUGCAAAACCUAUGCCUGUAUGUUUAUGAAUGGAGGCAACGAUUUGUGCUCCCGCAGCCCCCAUGUACCUUUGUUUCCACUGACCUCUUUGCUGUCUACCAAACCAACAAACUGUUUAGGCGCAAUCGACACGGAAAUUGGAUUUCAUACUCCAGGAAAUUAAAUGAUCUCAUAUAAGCCUGAUCCAAUUUCUCCUCUCCCAUAUUGCCAAUUAAUGAGACAUUUAAUCUGCAGUGAGGGCAUUGACGCUGGCGCCCUGGCCAAGCUCUACGUUCCCUCUGAUGAACAGACAGAACGGUGCCACUUUGAACUAUGUCUGUGUUUGCGAGAGUUCUGCAGCUGGGAAUGUUCCCAGUGCUGAGUACUGGCACUGGUGUUAUUCUAAACGUUGUUAAUAAUACUGUGUCCCACCUCAAACUUGAACAUAUUUAAUUAAGGAAGCAGCAUGGUUCUAGUGUGUGUAAUCCUGUGGGAUACAAGCAGGGUGUGUGAGUGUAAAUACAUAUUUAUUACUGUUUAUUUAUAAUUGCCAGGGCACCCUGAUUCAUGGACCCGAAAGUGGCUUUUUAAAACGUGGCAUCUUUGUACAGGGAACUGGAUGCUCCUGCGCUCACAGCUACGUGGUGCCAGAUGCUGUGAUUCUGGAAUGCUAACGGACAGCCCGAGCGCUCUCUUUGGAUGUAAGAAGGAACAUUUCCUAUAUUCUUAAAUUCACAUAGGCUGAAGUGGAUUGCACACCAGCCAAUUAAAAUGACCUUCAAGGACUGGUAAAAGCCCACCGGCUGGAGAUACCAAUUGUCCUUAGCAGGUCCCUUUUGGCCAAACUACAGGGCUGCAAAAGCCACUGUGCCCAGUGAGUGGAGAAUCUGAAAUCCCUUGCAUGGCUCGGGGAGGAGUCUGUCUGUCUGUCUGUGUGCUGCUCAGUGACUGCUGGCUUUUAGAUGAGUUUUAAGCUGUUCCUGUAACUGGUUGUGUUCUUAAAAGUGUCAUCACCUGAGGGCUGGGAUCACUGCGGUGCAAACAGCACGUGAGGAUGAAGCACUGGGCUUCCAGGGAAGCAGCAUGUUCCCACCCCCAGCGGCGUUUUGUCACCCUGCAGCUGGGGACAGGAGGAGUCAAGUGAAGUGUGUGGUGGGGGGAUUGUGUGUCUUAAAAAUGGAGAUCAGUGGUCAAAUAAAGAAAUGAAUAAUGUUGUGUACAACCAGAUGAAUGCCAGUACAAAAGGUUGAAUCAUUUGGGGGCUUUGGUUUUGAUUGUGCCUUAAUCUUGCGAGUUUCCCUCCCCUUCAGUAGGAAACAGGAAUUCUGCCUGACAGCUCGUCCGUCGGGUUCUACGGAUGCUGCUCCACUGAAACCCCACGUACCGCUGGCACGCAGCAGACUCGAAACAUUUUAUUCGAAGGGAUUUUGUUUCAUAAAAGAUGUCAACAAAUAAAAAUGGUGAAG